GUUAUUCACAGGUUAGGCCGUGUGUGACUGCAGCUUUAUAUAAUUUAUUAUGCUCCGCUUUAAAGAUUGCUGGUGUUUGUUUCUGGAAAUGUUGUGGCCUGCUGCUGGCAAAAGCAAACUAACAGUGUUCGGGGCGUAUUAAUUAACCUUUGAUGAGUGGAAUCACGGCCAGCAGUGCGCAAUGACUUGAAGCGUGCGCGUCUCGCCGUUUUAUCACGGUCUUAAAUCCUAAUUGGCGACGCGUCGCCCGACGCGCAAUAACAAACCCAACGAGCACGACGCGUCAGGUCCGAUAACAGCCUGUGUGCCAGUUCGCCCCAUGUAAACAGGACUCUACCCUCAUCAUCAUCCUGCUGUAGUUAAGAAAACAAACAGUCGUCGGCAUGGCGGACGGCGAUCACGCCAACAGCAGCGAAGACUCAGACACCGAUUGCGCCCCACACGAGCUGCAGGGCGUGCUGCACAAGUGGACGAACUACAUUCACGGCUGGCAGGAUCGCUGGAUAGUCCUUACAGCCGGUACGCUCAGCUACUAUAAAAGUGAGCAAGAGUCAAAUUACGGGUGUCGAGGGGCGCUCACCCUCGCCAAGGCUACAAUCAAACCACAUGAGUUUGAUGAGUGCAGAUUUGAUGUUUCUGUGAAUGAUUGUGUCUGGUACUUGCGAGCAGACACUGUUGAAGAUAAGCAACACUGGGUGGAAGCACUUGAGUCAUAUAAAGCUGAAAGUGGAUAUGGUACCGGUUCGGAAAACUCUCUACGCCGUCAUGGUUCGUCAGUGAGUCUGCAGUCGAAUACGUUCAGCACAGCUUCCUCGUCGAGUUUCAAACGCACCGGCAGGAAUCUACACGAGAAGUUGGCUGAAUUACAAACAUUCAAAGACAUCCUCGGCGGGCAAAUCGACACUCUGCAAAGGUACUUCGAUAUUUGCGCAGAUGCGGAUGUUAUUACAAAAUGCAAAGAUGACACUAACGGUGGAAAUGAUAUUUCAACCAUUAACAAAGAUCUGCCAGCAAUCGACUUCAAAGGCGAAGCAAUCACCUUCCGCACAACAACCGCCGCCGUGCUUGAUACGGUCGCGCACUGCGUGGAUCUGGUCUCGCAACGCGAAGACUCCUGGCACAAGCGGCUCGAUCGCGAGCUCGAUCGUCGCCGACGCGUCGAGAACCUGGCCAAGAGUUAUCUGGAGCAACUGCAAAAAGUGCACAACGUUCACCCUGGACCUGACCUUGAAGAAGGACCACAUAGUGUGAUAGCAGAUGAUGAGUUCUAUGAUGCGGUGGAGUCUGGUUUGGACAAGAUGGAGGAGGAACAGGAGUUGCGCGAGCGGUUGAAGAACGGCCUGGUGCCGAUUACACCGCCGCCGAUGUCGCCCGCGACGCAACACCGUCUCUGGCCGGAAAUUGAUCGGCUGGUGAAGCAGCAAGUUGAUAUGGCACGGUUGGGUGUUGGUGAAUGCGGCGCUGGUUGGCAAUUGUUUGCUGAAGACGGCGAGAUGCGCAUGUAUCGUCGCGAGGAGGAAGUUGAUGGCAUGGUGGUCGAUCCUCUUAAAGCUGUACACACUGUAAAAGGCAUCACAGGACAUGAACUGUGUCACUUCUUUUUUAAUCCACAGUAUAGAUAUGAUUGGGAAACAACAUUAGAAAAUAUGACUGUAUUGGAAACGAUAGCAGACGAUACGCUGCAGUUUUAUCAAGUGCACAAACGGAUAUGGCCGGCGAGCCAGCGUGAAUCUUUAUUCUGGUCACACAUGCGACGCUUUCCCAACGAUCAGGACAGAGACGGGCCUGAUAUGUGGGCUGUCGUUAACAAUUCCACUGAACACCCCACUCAUCCAUUAAAUAGCGGUAAAUGUGUGCGGAUAUUCCUGACGGUUUGCCUACUCUGCCAGACACGCAUCGAUCCACCAAAGGAUGGCGCAGCAAUUACGCGUGACAAUGUCACGUGCAAAAUCACGUAUUGCUCUGUGGUAAAUCCCGGUGGUUGGGCGCCAGCGUCCGUUCUGCGCGCGGUUUACAAACGCGAAUAUCCCAAGUUUUUAAAACGCUUCACGGCGUUCGUCAUCAGCCAGACGAAGGACAAGCCGAUCAUGUUCUAGCAGCGGUCGCCGGACUAAGCUAAAGCUAGUGAUAACGCACGGUGCGAUACACGCGGUUGCAAAACCGUCAAGAAACAAGCGUACAAGCGUUGCAGUCAGGUAGUAUUUUAGCGGGCGAUUCAUAUUCUCUUAAACAAAGCAGAAAACACAGAUAAUGCGUUUAUAAUAAAAUAUUUUUUAAAACUUUUUAAAAACCUACCGGUAAGUUACAGUUACGGAUAUAUGGAAAGUUUGAACUUUUUUCUCUUUUUUUUUGUAAAGAAGUUUUAAGCGCGCAUAGAAUUAUUGCUAUUUAAAGAUUGUUGUAUUUGUAUUGUUCCAUCCGUUAUGUUACACGUUACACUUUUUAUUUCUAGUUUGUAAGUUUCUAAGUUUGUGAUGUAAUGUGUGUUGCUGCCCGAAGGGAACAGAGGUGCGCGGAUUUGAGGUUACAAAUUGACUGCGAAGCAGGCUGGAAAUUGUACAAAAAUGUUUGUUGAUGAAUUUCAAUAUAUUAAUCACAUGUUACUGUAAAUUGCGCUGCGAUACGCUCCGCGAUGCAAGCGGAUGAAGUCUAUGUGAAUGUGAAGUUGCCUUGAUUAACGAUAAUUCCUUGGAGAGUCAACUAAUUAACAAAUCUACUAAAGUCUACUUACUAAACGCAAACUAAAAAGAAAACUCUUAUACUUAUACUAAACUACCAGUACACGCGCUGACUAAUCGUAUUUUUGACUUUUGUGAUCAUUGCAUUGCGUACGCUUUCAUUGUUAACUUGACAACGGAACCAGUAUAAUCCUAUACAAAGUUAUUGUAGAAACUAUGGCGAAAUGGUGGAAACAAAAAGUAUUCAAACUAUUGUGAGCAUAUUUUUAUAUUUUAAACAAUUUUAAAGCGUAUAUUGUAAUGUGGAGGUGCACAAAAUCAGAUUGGUAGGCAAAGAAAUCGUAGGAAUAAUUUUUAAUUGUUAGUUUUAGUAUAUUUACGCUGAUUUUGUGCGAUGCGUUGAUAAAAGUUGCUGGAAAUGGACCGAACUUUUCGAUGUUAAAUCAAAACCUAAUCUAAUCUAGUUCAGAUUUUUAUUGUUUUCAAACUGAUGAGCGAAUGACGUCCGUCCCAAACAAAAAACAAACGUAGCAACAAUUGUUUACUCAUUGAAAUGUUUAAAAACUCGUCAGUAUAGUGAAUGAUCAUUGAUAUUACUUAAAAAUCUCUUUAUAUGAAAUUAUUCUGCAUAUAUAUUUUAAAAUGAAUGUUUUUUGAAUUUCUUAAGAUAUAUGAAUGUGCAUUUUGUGAAUAAUGUGGUGCGUAUUAACGGAAACGGCGUGGCUUAAUAGCAAAUAAGGGAAUUGUCUGAAAAAAAACAGAAAUAUGUGUGCACAUAAAUUUAUACUAUACAUCAUUUUAUCUGUCUGUUUAGUUAUACUUUAUAUGAUUAUUAUGUUUAUCGUUUGUACAUUUUGUAAAAACGCAGAAAGAUUUUAUCCCCAUACUAACAUUAUUCCUAAGAAAUCAAACGAACAGACAUUCGAGGCAACAAAAGAAUCUUUUUAAACGUAAUAACUUAUUCCGACGUUAUUACAAACACUAAGUUUUUUAUGUGAUCACAGAGAAACUAGAAAAGAAAUGAAAGUGAAACAAAUGAAAAUUUAUAUUAAAAUGUAAGUUAUUCUUAAUCUUUGAGAUAAUUAUUAUGAUGUAUGACGCUGAUGUUUAUUAUUAUAAAAAAUGAAACACA